GGAGGAUCCGUGGAUUUGACAAUUACUGAAACAUGGCGUUUGGCACAAUGACAUCUUUGCUUGGCAUGAUACCGCUGCUGGCGAUCGGCAUGAAUUUCUAUCGCUAUCAAAGCGUCGAUCCCGAGAACAAGGUCCAGGAGCCAUCUGUCAUCCGACGUCAGUAUGAUUUCGUUGUGAUUGGCGGCGGCUCGGCGGGCGCUGUGGUGGCCAAUCGCCUGAGCGAGGUGCGCAACUGGACGGUGCUGCUGCUGGAGGCUGGCGGCGACGAGACGGAGAUAUCGGAUGUGCCCGCACUGGCGGGGUAUCUGCAGCUGACGGAGCUGGACUGGAAGUACCAGACGACGCCCUCGUCGACGCGCCAGUACUGUCAGGCCAUGAAGGGCGACCGGUGCUUCUGGCCGCGGGGCAAGGUGCUCGGCGGCAGCUCGGUGCUGAAUGCCAUGGUGUAUGUGCGCGGCUCGAGGAACGACUACAACCACUGGGCGGCGCUGGGCAAUCCCGGCUGGGACUACGACAGCAUGCUCAGGUACUUCCUCAAGUCGGAGGACGUGCGCAAUCCGUAUCUGGCCAAGACGCCCUACCACGAGACGGGCGGCUAUCUGACCGUGCAGGAGGCGCCCUGGCGCACGCCCCUCUCGAUAGCCUUCCUGCAGGCGGGCAUGGAGAUGGGCUACGAGAAUCGGGACAUCAAUGGCGCCCAGCAAACGGGCUUCAUGCUCACCCAGAGCACCAUCCGACGGGGCGCACGCUGCAGCACGGGCAAGGCCUUCAUCCGUCCGGUGCGCCAGCGCAAGAACUUCGAUGUGGUGCUCCAUGCGGAGGCCACGCGCCUCCUCUUCGACAAGCAGAAGCGGGCCAUUGGCGUCGAGUACAUGCGCGGUGGCCGCAAGCAGCUCGUCUUUGUGCGGCGCGAGGUGGUGGUCAGUGCGGGCGCCUUGAACACACCCAAGCUGCUGAUGCUGUCGGGCGUGGGUCCGGCGGAGCAUCUGCAGGAGCAUAAUAUUCCGGUUAUCUCGGAUCUGCCCGUGGGCAACAACAUGCAGGACCAUGUGGGCCUGGGCGGCCUCACCUUCGUGGUCGAUGCACCGCUGACCGUGACACGCAAUCGCUUCCAGACCAUACCCGUCUCCAUGGAGUACAUAAUGCGCGAGCGCGGACCCAUGACCUUCUCCGGGGUGGAGGGUGUGGCCUUCCUGAACACCAAGUACCAGGAUCCGGCCGUGGAUUGGCCCGACGUGCAGUUCCACUUCUGCCCCAGCUCCAUCAACUCGGACGGCGGGGAGCAGAUCCGCAAGAUACUCAAUCUGCGGGAUGGCUUCUACAACACGGUGUACAAGCCGCUGCAGCACAGCGAGACCUGGUCCAUACUGCCGCUGCUGCUGCGGCCCAAGAGCACCGGCUGGGUGCGGCUCAACUCGCGGAACCCGCAGCAGCAGCCCAAGAUUAUGCCCAACUACUUUGCCCACCAGGAGGACAUCGAUGUGCUCGUCGAGGGCAUCAAGCUGGCCAUCAAUGUAUCCAACACGCAGGCCUUCCAGCGCUUCGGCUCGCGACUGCACAACAUUCCGCUGCCGGGCUGCCGGCAUCUGCCCUUCCAGUCGGACGCCUACUGGGCGUGCUGCAUCAAGGAGUUCACCUUCACCAUCUACCAUCCGGCGGGCACGUGUCGCAUGGGUCCCAGCUGGGAUGUCACCGCCGUCGUGGAUCCCCGCCUGCGCGUCUACGGGGUGUCCGGCGUGCGGGUGGUCGAUGCCAGCAUUAUGCCCACCAUUGUCAAUGGCAAUCCCAAUGCCCCGGUCAUUGCCAUUGGCGAGAAGGCCUCCGACCUCAUCAAGGAGGAUUGGGGUGCCCGAAGAGCCACGCCACCGGCCUCCACUCCACCCCCGCUGCCACCACUGGUGGCCUCGACUUCGACUUCCUAGUUGUCCCCACAGCAUCCUGCAUUGUCUAUCGCUAAUUUAUGUUUCAACUAGUCAAAUGUGAAUGAAUUAAUCGUAUGAAUUUUUGUUGUUACGUCUCCCCUCUCCCUCUCCACGCCCCU